CCCUUCCUUGCUCUCCUCCAUGCUGCCCGUCUCAGCUCUGCGCUCUGCUUUAGCACAACUGCUUGGCUCGUACAGGCAGGCUAGCCACCGCUUUGUCAACAAUCCUCUCUCUACCGACAAGAAACUUCAAGAAGCUCCCUCACACAGCCUCCCUUUCCUCCUGCACAAAGGAUGCUGGAGUUCAGGCCAAAAUGGAUGAGGCUGCUGUGUUUGUGGGUUCUGUGUCUGUGUCUCUGCCUGCCGAGUGGAUCACACGCCAGGAGAUCCCCAAAGGUACCCCGCUGCCCUGCAACCUGCUCCUGCACCAAAGACAGCGCCUUCUGCGUGGAUACCAAGGCGAUUCCUAAGAGCUUCCCUCCUGGAAUCAUCUCUCUGACGAUGGUGAACGCAGCGUUCACAACAAUCCCUGAGGGAGCUUUCUCACACCUCCACCUGCUACAGUUCCUGCUUUUAAACUCCAACACGUUCACCAUGGUGGCUGAUGAUGCCUUUGCUGGUCUGUCUCAUCUGCAGUAUUUGUUCGUUGAGAAUAAUGACAUCCAGGCUUUGUCAAAGUAUACGUUCAGAGGGCUCAAAUCCCUGACUCAUCUAUCGCUCUCAAACAACAACCUGCAGCAGCUGCCCAGAGAUCUCUUCAAACAUCUGGACAUCCUCACUGAUCUAGACCUGCGUGGGAACUUGUUCCGCUGCGACUGUAAGAUCAAAUGGUUGGUAGACUGGAUGGAGAAGACCAACACGUCGGUUCCUGCCAUCUACUGUGCUAGCCCUUUUGAAUUUCAGGGACGCAGAAUUCAUGACCUCACACCACGGGACUUCAACUGCAUCAGUGCAGAUUUUGCUGUUUAUGAGACCUUCCCUUUCCACUCUGUGUCAGUGGAGUCGUAUGACUUCAGCGGAGAUCAGUUUGUGGUUUUUGCUCAGCCUGACUCAGGUUUCUGCACCCUCUACAUAUGGGAUCACGUAGAGCUGGCCUUCAGGAGGUUUCACAACAUCACAUCUCGUUCUGCUGUUUACUGUAAACCAGUGGUGAUAAACAACACACUCUACAUGGUUGUUGCUCAACUCUUUGGUGGAUCUCACAUUUACAAGUGGGAGGAGGGGCCACAGCGCUUCAUAAAGAUCCAAGACAUUGACACCAGCCGGGUGAGGAAACCCAACUUCGUGGAGACCUUUCAGCUGGAUGGAGAGUGGUAUUUCAUUGUAGCAGACAGUUCCAAGGCUGGCUCUACCAGCAUCUAUCGCUGGAACAGCAACGGUUUCUACUCCCACCAGUCCCUCCACCCCUGGCAUCGAGACACCCACGUGGAGUUCCUGGAUGUCAGUGGAAAGCCUCAUCUCAUCCUCUCCAGUGCCUCCCAGCCACCGGUGGUGUACCAGUGGAACCGGAACCAGAAGCAGUUUGCUUUCCAGUCCCAGAUCACAGAGCUAGCUGAUGUCCAGAUGGUGAAGCACUUUUGGGUGAGGCGGGUUCUCUACCUCUGCCUCACUCGCUUCAUUGGAGACUCCAAGAUCCUCCGCUGGGAAGGGCAGCGAUUCGUGGAGGUCCAGUCUCUGCCCUCUCGAGGGUCAAUGGCCGUGUAUCCCUUCACAGUGGGCCAACGUCAGUACCUCAUUCUGGGAAGUGACUUCUCCUUCUCUAGAGUCUACCUGUGGGAUGACCUCACCCAGCGCUUUCAGCCCUUCCAGGAGCUGAACAUGAGAGCCCCCAGGGGGUUCAACUUGGUGUCUGUGGACAAUAAGGACGUUCUGCUUGCUGCCAGUUUCAAAGGCAAUACUCUGGCCUACCAGCACCUGGUUGUGGAUCUCAGUGCCAAAUGAACAACAAGGUGUCAUUUGAUCAUUGAAGAUAAAACGUGCCAAACACAACUGCAAAACGGCCAAGCCAUGUGACUAAUGUCUGCUGUUUUUUCUCUGAUGGUCAAAGGGAACCAGAUGGAAAUAAAAGAUUAUCUGAACUAUUUUUAUGCACUUUUAUUUAACAUGUGGAUGAGAUGAUGUUUAGUACUAGUGUGUGUUCUACUGUUUCUGCUAAACCAAACUGAGGGCAAGGAGCAACGUUUUUUCCGGGGUUUGUUCCUUAUGUUUGUAUUCUACUAAAGCCUUGUACCCAAACAUGCAUGUAAACGGACUUUUACAUUAGUGAUAUAUGAAGAAGUAAUUUGGUGCAUGACAUUGUAUGAGCGUAAUUAGCUUAGAUCGCUGCGCUUUAAUCCUUCAUUUUGUUUAAACCUUUAAUUUCCAUAAAUCUGUUUUGGAUCAGAUGUUUGUUCACUGCAUUGAAAAUGCAAACCGGCAUAAACGCUGGUCUGUUCACUACUGUUGUGCUUUAUCACUGUGACAUAAGGAAGCACACAUAUAGCUUCAUGAGACUGUGGAGUAAAUGUUAUAAAAGUCCUUAUUCUGUCACAGUUGUUGAUUAAAACGACUAAAGUGGGUUGUAAAUAAAUCCUGCUGUCAGCUUCCAAAACUG